UUACAGCCUGACUUUGAAAAGCGCAAUUUAUGCGCAAAGCAAUACGAUGAACAUUACAGCAGGGCCUGAGGGUUACGGUGGAAUAUAAAAUGUGCCCGAGCUUCCUGGAUGAUGCAAGAGAAACCUCUUGUUUCAGACAACAACAUUUACCAGUCGGACUGAACUGAAGGCUGCAGAAACAGGCGCCUCCCCUCGUUUUCAUCCAGCUUUAAGAAAGCCUGAAGGGAAAAGUUAAAACAGUGUGUUCAGAGCGGAUUCACAGCUGGCUGCAGGACUGUGGCACAGGGAGAUUUCAAUAUACGUGUCAAAAUGGAAGAAGUACUGGCGCCUUUAAGGGAGGCUGUGAGGGAGCAGGGUGACUUGGUGCAUCAGUUGAAGGAAAAAGGCGCCACAGAACAAGAGCUGAGCAGAGCCGUCACAGAGCUGAAAGCCAGGAAGAAGACUCUUGAGGCAAAGGAGCUAGCUUUGCAGCCCAAAGAUGACACCGUGGACAGAGUGAAGAUGGAGGACACCUUAAAGAGGAGAUUCUUCUACGAUCAGUCUUUUGCCAUAUACGGAGGUGUGAGCGGCCUGUACGACUUUGGCCCGGUGGGCUGUGCGCUCAAGAACAACAUCCUGCAGGUGUGGAGGCAGCACUUCAUUCAGGAGGAGCAGAUCCUGGAGAUCGACUGCACCAUGCUGACCCCCGAGCCUGUGCUCAAGACGUCGGGGCAUGUGGAUAAAUUUGCUGACUACAUGGUGAAAGAUGCAAAGACAGGAGAGUGCUACCGCGCUGAUCACCUCCUCAAAGCUCACUUAAAAAAACUGAUGUCUGAUGAGAAAUGUUCAGCAGAGAGGGCCACCGAGAUGGAUGAUGUAAUCAUUCAGAUGGACAACUACACUCAGCAGGAGCUUGCCGACCUCUUUGUGAAAUACAAUGUCAAGUCUCCCGCCACAGGAAAUGACCUCACACCUCCCGUCUCUUUUAACCUGAUGUUUCAGACGUCCAUCGGACCAGGAGGGAACAUGCCCGGCUAUCUGAGGCCUGAAACAGCUCAGGGAAUGUUCCUCAACUUUAAACGUUUACUGGAGUUCAACCAGGGAAAACUGCCCUUUGGUGCAGCUCAGAUCGGAAACUCCUUCAGGAACGAGAUCUCCCCUCGCUCUGGACUCAUUCGUGUCAGGGAGUUCACCAUGGCUGAGAUUGAGCACUUUGUGGACCCCAACGAGAAGGUCCAUCCAAAAUUCUCCAACGUGGCCGAUCUGGAGAUCCUGCUGUUCUCCUCCAAGGCCCAGACCAGCGGGCAGUCCGCACAGAUCAUGAGGCUGGGGGACGCAGUGGAGCAGGGAGUGAUCAACAAUUCAGUGUUGGGUUACUUCAUUGGCAGAAUCUACCUCUAUCUAAUCAAAGUGGGGCUGUCCAAAGAUAAAGUGCGCUUCCGUCAGCACAUGGAGAACGAGAUGGCUCACUACGCCUGCGACUGCUGGGACGCAGAGUCCAAAACCUCCUAUGGUUGGAUUGAGAUUGUGGGAUGUGCUGACCGCUCCUGCUAUGACCUCACAUGCCACUCCAGAGCCACAAAGGUCCCGCUAGUGGCUGAGAAGCCCCUAAAAGAAUCCAAAGUAGUAAAUGUUGUCCAGUUUGAGCCCAGUAAGGGAGCCAUAGGAACAGCCUACAAGAAAGAUGCCAAGCUGGUUCUGGAGUACCUGGCUGCCUGUGACGAAUGCUACAUCAGCGAUCAGGAGAAACUUCUCAAUGAAAAAGGGGAGUUCAGCGUUGAGACAAACGGCAGGACGUUUAAACUGACCAAAGACAUGGUCGGUGUGAAGAGGUUCCAGAAAACUCUGCAUGUGGAGGAGAUUGUUCCCAAUGUAAUCGAGCCGUCCUUUGGCAUCGGCAGAAUCAUGUACUCCAUCUUCGAGCACUCGUUCCGCAUCCGGCAGGGUGAUGAACAGAGGACGUAUUUCAGCUUCCCUGCAACUGUAGCUCCAUACAAAUGCUCCAUCCUUCCUUUGAGCCAAAACCAGGAGUUUACACCGUUUGUUCAACAGUUAUCUGUGGCGAUGACUAAAAAUGGUGUGUCCCACAAAGUGGACGAUUCUUCAGGAUCCAUCGGGAGGCGUUACGCCCGGUCCGAUGAGAUUGGAGUGGCGUUUGGCAUCACCGUCGACUUCGACACAGCGAACAAGACGCCUCACACAGCCACGCUGAGAGACCGCAACUCAAUGAGGCAGAUCAGGGCCGAGGUUUCUGAGUUGCCAGGGAUGGUUCGAGAUCUGGCUAAUGGCACCUUGACAUGGGCUGAGGUCGAGGGAAAGUACCCAAUCUUUGAAGGACAAGAGACAAGCAGGAAGGAGUAACCAAACUAGGACUCCUUGACUGGAUGCACAGGGACCACAAAAAAGAGUUUACAUUUCACCAAAGUCAUUUUUAUGAUAUAGAAUCCCAUUACUUUUGUAAUUUUAUACUUAUACAUUUGGGGAAAAAAGUUAUUUUCUCUUGGAUCUGUGGCAUUGAAACUGUGAAAAUAUGAUCAUCUAGCUAUGGACUUGAGUUUUAUACAUCUCUUUAAUACUGUAUGCCUUGGUUAACCCUUUAUAAUAAACCACAUCUUGCAUCA